CCUAAGAAAGAGGUAAAAAAGAUGGCGCGACGUGAAGACUUUCCAAAUAAUAACGAGAACGUUGCCGGCGCUGAGUGUUUAAUUUUGGCGAGUAAACAGGCAGAAAACUCUAUGGCUAUUGCUGGACAACAACAACAACAACAACAACAGGGCGGUGAUAGAAACGAUAAUGUCUCCGCUGGAUCAAUGGAGUACAAAGAUGGCAAUCAAUCAACGGAACAAGUUAUAUACGUCACAGCGGCACAGAGACAUGAGGAUACCGAUGAAGCUAUUGAUAUGUCUCAAAGAUCCCAAGCCAAUGCUACAUCCAACCAGACCCUACAGGAAGUCCAGAACACCAGCGUUGGAUACUACACCCAAAUUGCCAGCUCAGCCGAUGCUUCAAUGACUCCACAAAGUGGUGCUCAACAGGGGGAGCCAAAAGAGCCCCCCUCUACGAGCAUAGUUAUAACCAUGGAUUCUCCGUCAGUUGUCACCAGCUCUUCGUUGAAUACAGAUUAUCAGCUGGCUCACAGUCAGGAGACACCAGGCUACUGCUUGGUCUGCUCUGAUAAGGGAAGUGGCUAUCACUACUCAGUGUACUCGUGUGAAGGCUGCAAGGGUUUUUUCAAGCGCACAAUUCAGAAGAAUCUUGUGUAUCAGUGUAAAGACGCAGGGUUGUGCAUCAUCAACAAGUUCACUAGGAAUUCUUGUCAGUAUUGUCGCUUUCAGAGGUGUAUGGAAGUUGGGAUGAAAAGAGAAGCUGUGCGAGAAGAUCGCUCACCGGGCGGCAAACAUCGGGUGCGCAGACCUAAAGUGAUGGACUACAGCAACGAGAACCUGUUUCCUCUGGCCACAGAAGAGUACACGGACGAGAUCAUUGACAUGUUGGUAGCAGCCAAACCAGACCUGUUACCAGAACCAGAGCCAUUGUCAGAUGAUGUGGCCACAGAUGGCAAUGUGGUGGAUAUCAACCACUUGAUGAGAUAUGGAUACGGGGAACUGAAGAUGAUUAUACAGUGGGCCAAAAAAGUUCCUGGGUUUAGCUCAAUUUGCAUAGAAGAUCAGAUGGCCAUGUUGAAGAGUUCUUUCAUGGAAUUGAAUGUGUUUAGACUGGCUUACAGAUCCAAGGAAUUUGAAGGAGCCGUGAGAUUUGCUGAGAAUAUCUUGAUGUCCAAAGAAGAAUCUGUCGAGAUCGGAUGGGGUCAAGACCUGGUUCUGGCCACACUGGACUUUGUCCGACGGCUCAAGGACCUGUUUCUUGACCGCGUGGAGUUCUGUAUACUCAAUGGACUCAUACUAACAUAUCCUGAUGCAGCAGGAUUGAAGGAAAAAGAAAAAGUGCAAAUGUUGCAGGCCAAAAUUCUGGACAGUUUCCGUAAAUACGAGACCAGCAAGUUUCCGCACAACCCCAGACGAUACGGACGAGUUUUACUGCGCCUGCCUGCCUUACGAACAGUCAGUGCCAAAGCUGCAGAGAGAUUCUUGUCCAUGUCUUUGGACGGCACAGUAAAAUUGACAGGGCUUGUGACAGAGAUGUUAAAUGUAUGAGAAACGGUGGUUGUAGGUGUAUAAAUAAUGAAUUCAGGUUUUUCAACAUCCGGGUCAUCUUCGGUUGCAUUUCGCAUGGCAAGGGGUGAAGAAAUUGGGGUCAGUUUCAUCAAGACAGUGGAUUGUCAAUACAGUGUCCUUUGCUGAAUUUUAUUUUAAGAUGUGAUGCAGAAAAUUAUUGAUUAUUAAACUACUUCCUAAUUUUGGAAUUGGAUGGUAAACCCAAAAGACUUCUUGAAAUAGACCCCCCCCCCAACUUCAGUUGACAAACUUGGGCCUUUGUGUGCCCCAUAUCCUGUUCUUGUGACAAACAAUCCAACAUCCUGAAAAAUUAAAUACCUGCCUCUCUCUCUCUCUCUCUCUCUCAUUUUUUAAACCAAAGUUUAAUAUAAUGUAGAUAACAUUUUCAGGCAGCAUUUAGCCACAACUCUAUACACUUGUAGAUGACUACCUGGUGGCUUAUAUAUUUUAGGUGAACUUAAAUGAGUAAGCGAACUGAGAUAGCAGCAAAAAAAAGGGCAUUUAUGAACUUAACAACUGACACUGCAACCAUUACUGAGGCCAAUUUCACAAAGGGGGUAUAGCCCCAAAAUCGGUCUAACCUUUUGGACCCUAAAUUUGGUCUACUUAUGUUCAAAAUGAACCCAUAGUGGUCCACUUAGAUACAGUGAGUAUGGUCUAAAACAUUACCCUUGUCUCUCACGUUAAAAAACAGAUGCUGUAUUACAUUUAUGUGGACUGUUUCCAACCUAUUGUUCUUGUGAAAGGGGCCUCUGUUGUCUCUGCAAGGAGAUUUGUUUAUAGCAGUACGCUCAGCAUUAUUUUGGAUCUAUAUUUUAAUAAACUCGUCAUUAGCAGAGCAAUGUGCUUGUAGAUUAGUAAGUAUUGUUAAUUUUCAGUAAAAACAUCAAAUUGCAAAAUUUCAAAAAAAAAAAAAAAAA